AGUACAGCUGAAAGUAAAUAUGCGCGUUCAAAUGCUUCAAGAUCCAUCCGCUGAAACAUUCUCAAAACAACUCUUAAAUAUCGGUGAUGGAAAAGUUGCUAUAGAUGAAACUGGAUACGUAAAAUUACCGACCGAUUUCUGCACAAUCGCUGAUUCGCAAGAUACUCUCAUUGAACAAAUAUUUCCCGAUGUACACACACAGUACAUAAAUCAUGAGUGGCUUGCAGAAAGAGCAAUUUUAACGGCAAAAAAUGUAGACGUUGACAAUUUAAAUCUGAAGAUACAACAGUUGUUGCCAGGGAACUUGGUAUCAUACAAAUCUAUUGAUACAGUUUGCGAUGCCAGCGAAGCUGUAAAUUUUCCCACAGAGUUUUUGAACUCACUGGAUUUGCCAGGCAUGCCACCGCAUAAUUUACAAUUGAAGGUUGGAUCUCCGAUUAUCUUGCUUCGUAAUUUGAACCCGCCACGGCUGUGCAACGGUACGCGAUUAGUCAUUCAAAAAUUAAUGAAAAACGUUAUCGAAGCCAGCAUUUUAAAUGGCAAGUUCCGAGGUGAAAAUAUAUUAAUACCACGGAUUCCUAUUAUAUCUACAGAUGUGCCAAUUCAAUUCAAAUGUAUUCAGUUUCCGAUUAGAUUGGCAUUUGCAAUGACUAUCAACAAAUCCCAAGGCCAAACGAUGUCUAUUUGUGGCUUAGAUUUGAGCACACCAUGUUUUUCACACGGACAAUUAUACGUGGCAUGCUCUCGAGUGGGUAAACCAUCCAGUUUGUUUGUGUUAGCUAAAGAUGGGCUAACAAAAAAUAUUGUUCACGCUAUAGCAUUAAGAAAUUGAUAUUGUUUGUUAGUGUUACUGUCGUAAUUGAUUAAUGAUAUAUAAUUUUAAGGAAUAAAUUAUAAUAACUUAAAAAUAAUAAUGUUUGGCAUUUGUUAUUUUUAUAUUCCCUCAUCGUUCACAGCGCUCCAUGCCUA